UUCAUUUUCUGUACACAUCAAUUCAAGCGACGGCGCUCUACAGCCAUCGAUUCAUUGUCUUCGAGAGACCGAAGGUGAUCGGAUUAGGUAGUGAUGGAGGCGAUGGACAUUCAGGCCGUGGAAUCCAAACUGAGCGACGUGACCGUGACCGCUAUACCGAUGAGUGGAAAGAAUGUGCAUAAAGACUUGGGGCUCGGCGGCAACAGUCACGCGACUAUAUCGACCGUGCCGGCCUCGUCGCCUUCCUCGAUCGGCAAAGAUAAGGACAACGGCACUUCGAAGUACGCGCAACUACUGGCUGUUAUUGAAGAAAUGGGUAAAGAAGUCAGGCCUAGCUACUCUGGGAGCCGCAGCUCCGCCGAGCGCCUAAAGCGCGGCAUCGUCCACGCCCGCAUUCUGGUCAGAGAGUGCCUGAUCGAGACUGAGCGGUCAGCACGACAGUAGUUUGCUGAACCUAAAGUAAUCACAGUCAAUUUACAGUACCACAAUUUGGUAUUGCUUUUCAUAUAAUGACAUAGACAUGUUCAAAUGACUGCCAGUUACAUGUUACCAUUUGCUGUAAGAAUUUUGCUGAUACAAAUCAUAAGUAAUGGCUAUGUGAAGGCCAUAGUCCAUAGUCUGCAAUUCAGUCUGUCACUUUAACAAUAAUCUAUUGCUAUGGAAUGCUCUAGUGUGAUGUCUCAAAUGUUUCACUAUACAAAGGUCCCAGAACAGUAUACUUUUAUUCAGAAUAGUCAUAUAUUUCAAGUGAAUUUUAUGAUUGAUAUUGUCAUGGUUUAAUAAAUUAAUUAUGUGUAAAAGAUUUAAUGUUCUCUCAGAGUUAGGGUCUAAUUUGUUAGAAGUAAUAUAUAAUUCAGGGUAUGUAGGCAUAAAUAAGGAUUGAUUCAAAUGUAAUUGUUUGGCCUUUAUUUGAAAACAAACAUUUUCACAUCUUUCUUGAAACUGGUGUAGAAUUCCAAAGAAUAUGUUACAUCUAAUGUCUAGUUGAAGGCUGUUCGAAGUUGAAUUUGUUGCAUUUGAAUAUUUUCAAUAUUUGAUAGUGUUAAGUGGUGAGUAAGCAACCUGGCAGUUGUGAAUUCAAUUAUACCUCACAUAGAAAUGUAUUGCAGUGAACAGAAGUAAUGUCCUGAAUGAAACAGGCUGUGAUCGCAACAUUUAUUGUGAACAUCUACCUCAAACUCAACAAAUAUUGAUAUUUUUAAUGUUUAUAUGUAUGUUUAUGCAAUGAUGUCAUUUCGAUGUUUUUAUACUAUAGCAACUGAAUAAAAUAGAACUAGAUAUUUAAAUAUUCAGGUAUUUUAGAGUUUUAUAGAGUCAAAAUGUUAUUUCAGGCUUGUAUUUUGAAAGUGAAUAAAGUUUAAUUGGACAUUAUUAUUGUCCAUAGGUUUGUAUUUGAAUGCUAGAAAUGUUUCUCAGAGCUGCAGACUUAAGGGUGACUCAACUGAACAAGACAAGUCAUUUAUAUAAAAAAAAAACUUGGGAAGUAUUAUCAAAUGUUUUGUAAUAUUUGAUUACCUAGAUCUAAAGGCUACAUAGUAUGUCUAUGUGUACAAAUCUGGUGUGUUUUGAGCUAUACCACCAAUUCACCCUUUAGUCAGUGUCUGAACUUAGUAUAGCUUUGCUAAUGUUACACAAUUUGAAUAUCAUAGCAAUAUUAAUUUGAUAUUAUAAUAUUUGCUUAUAUUUUAUGUAACUCAAGCCAAUCAUGUGACCUCAACAUAGUGUAAUAACAUAGUGAAUAAGAAAAAUGUGCUCAUUGAUUUGGUAUUUCCUUUUCUAUAGGAUUAAGUUGUAUAUAAUUUAGUUUAUAAUGUAUCCUACAAAUGCAAUAGCCUCCAAUAGCCUGGGAUAUUUCAGAUGGUAAGCAGGUUCAUCCUUUUACACAAUGUACCAUUUUAUUUGGUAACUUAAUGACAGAAAUAGAUAGUUGUAACCAUCUGAAAUAAGCCCCAUCUUUAACCACACUUGUAGGAAAUAAUAUGUUGGUCCAACUGCCGUAAAGUAUACUUUUAAAAGUAGCUAGUUUUAAGAAGAAAUUACGAAAUAGUUUUAACUUUAUCAAAUAAGUUACCAUUAAUGAGUAUGUACUUACAUAAAUGUUAUUAAACUUAAUUCUUUAAAGUCCAUUGCAAUUAAUAUUUUGAUAAUAUUUUAAUCAUUAUGUAUUAUCUAUUCUCUCAAAGUUAUUUAUAAGUUUCAAACUAUUUUUUAGUUUUGUUCAACAGUAACUGAAUAUUUUGACUAUUGUUUAGUUGGUGCCACUGGUUUACAUUUAUUUUGAUGUAACAAAUGAAUCUUACAAAGAUGAUAAAGGUGUAUAAUACAUAGGUAAUUCACCUAAUAAAUGUAUACGGAUUUGCCUUGAGUUCUAAAAUAUUAAUUAAUAAAAUACAAAUUAAACAAAAGUAGAUCUAAUUGCCUCAUACAAUUAAUAAAUAAACAUAGAAUGCGUGAUGCAUAUUUAAUAAAUUUAAAU